AUGGUUCUGUCAGUAGAAAAUCAAAAAAAAGGACGUGCUUUAUUCGAUGAAAAUGAAAAUGAGGAUGAAGAAAAUUACCAAUUUGAUUUAAAAGAACAAUUUGAAGGCAAAGAGGGUAAAAAAUUAUUGAAACUGCAAUCAACAUUUGGUUAUGAUAAACGUUUCACAAUGGAUUCUCACUUUUUGGAGCAAGAUGAUACAACUGAAUUAAAAAAUAAUGAUGUACCAGACACACAGAAAACUUAG